GUGUUGAAAGGUCACGACGACCACGUCAUCACGUGUCUGCAGUUCAGCGGCGACCUCGUCGUCAGCGGCUCCGACGACAACACGCUCAAAGUCUGGUCCGCAGUCUCCGGCAAGUGUCUGCGGACGCUGACGGGCCACAGCGGCGGCGUGUGGUGCAGUCAGAUGGUGGUCGCCACGGUGAUCAGCGGCUCCACCGACCGGACGCUGCGCGUGUGGGACGCCGAGAGCGGGGAGUGCGUCCACACGCUGUACGGACACACGUCCACGGUGCGCUGCAUGCAUCUCCACGGCAACAGGGUGGUGUCUGGCUCUCGGGACACCACGCUGCGUGUGUGGGACGUGUCGACGGGCCGCUGCGAGCACGUGCUGACGGGCCACGUGGCGGCGGUGCGCUGCGUCCAGUACGACGGCCGCCGCGUGGUGUCGGGCGGCUAUGACUACAUGGUGAAGGUGUGGGACCCCGAGACGGAGGUGUGUCUGCACACGCUGCAGGGACACACCAACAGAGUGUACUCGCUGCAGUUUGACGGUGUGUUCGUGGUGAGCGGCUCGUUGGACACCGAUCAGAGUCUGGGAUGCAGAGACAG